GGCGCGGCGCAGGUGAGCGGUGGCGGCGGCGGUGGCAUCGGCACCGGCCGGACKGGGGGUGUGUUUCCGGAGCACAGAAACAAUGCUGUGGAAAGGAGCUGCCUAACCUUUCACAAUGCCCUUUUCUGACUUCGUCUUAGCACUGAAGGACAACCCGUAUUUUGGGGCUGGGUUUGGCCUYGUUGGGGUGGGCACAGUCCUGGCAGCAGCCCGUAAGGGGGCCCAGUUUGGGUUGGUGGCUUUCAGGCGCCACUAUAUGAUCACCUUGGAGGUGCCCAGCAAGGAUAAGAGCUACCAGUGGCUGCUGAACUGGGUCUCCCACCAUGCCAAGCACACGCAGCACCUCAGUGUUGAGACGUCGUACCUGCAGCAUGAAAGUGGGCGUGUCAGCACCAAGUUCGACUUUGUCCCCAGCCUCGGGAAUCAUUUCAUCUGGUAUCGCAAGAAGUGGAUUCGUAUCGAGCGCAGCCGGGAGACGCAGAUGAUUGACCUGAACACGGGGACCCCCUGGGAGUCUGUCACCUUCACUGCACUGGGCACUGACCGGGAGAUCUUCUUCAAUAUCCUUCAGGAAGCCCGGGAGCUGGCGCUGCAGCAGCAGGAGGGGAGGACGAUCAUGUAUACGGCUGUGGGAGCAGAGUGGCGUCAGUUCGGUUUYCCCCGCCGCCGCCGGCCCCUCAGCUCCGUGGUGUUGGACCAAGGCGUGUCAGAGAGGCUGGUUCAGGAUGUCAAGGACUUCAUCAGCAACCCCAAGUGGUACAUUGAAAGAGGGAUCCCCUACCGAAGAGGCUACCUUCUGUAUGGUCCUCCUGGCUGUGGGAAAAGCAGUUUUAUCACAGCCCUGGCUGGGGAACUGGAGUACAGUAUCUGCCUGCUGAGCCUCAGUGACCAUAGCCUCUCUGAUGACCGGCUCAAUCACCUCCUGAGUGUGGCACCACAGCAGAGCAUCAUCCUGCUGGAGGAUGUGGAUGCUGCCUUCAUCAGUCGGGACCUUGCUGCUGAGAACCCGGCUGUGUACCAAGGCAUGGGGCGCCUGACCUUCAGUGGUCUCCUCAAUGCACUGGAUGGUGUGGCCUCCACAGAAGCCAGGAUUGUCUUCAUGACCACCAACUAUGUGGACAGGCUGGACCCAGCCUUGGUGCGCCCUGGCCGUGUGGAUCUGAAGCAGUACGUGGGCCAUUGCUCCCGCUGGCAGCUCGCCUGCAUGUUCCAGCGCUUCUACCCCGAGCAGCCCCCGGYUGCAGCCCAGCGGUUUGCGGAGCAGGCGCUGGCGGUCUCCAAACAGAUCAGCGCUGCCCAAGUGCAGGGUCACUUCAUGCUUUACAAGACGGACCCUGAAGGAGCCACUUCAAACAUAAGCUCCAGCCUGCUGUGACCAGGGGYCAGCUUUCCCUUGUGACACUGAGAGGACUGGGACAAAGAUGUGACCAUCCUGGGGAUGCCACAAAGCUGCCCAGCUGCACCGGCCAGGUCUCUGUUCACCUCUACCCUCCAGUGCCUUGGUUUUGGAGAACCAGGGCUGCCAGCCUUGCAGCAAGGGAGGGAAUCUGGCUCUUGGCGCUCUCCAGACUUCGGUGCUGCUGCACCAGCCCUGCUCACCAGUGUGUGCCUCGUGUUGGGGUUGCUGUAAAUUGCCAGGGCUCUUGGGUGUGAAUUCCCUUCCUUKUGGGUCAGCCUGGGGGUGCCCCAGAAGGCCAUUUCCUUUGGGCAAGACAYUGGGGUUCUACACUGCUAAAAGCUGCUGGUUUUUUUAAAAGACAGUGGUCUCACUGGUUUGUGAAUAUCCUCUGUGAAGUGCACAACACAGCUCUUGUCUCUCUGGUCCCUUUUCCUGUUAGUUGCUCCACUAUCUAGCUGCUGGUCCAGAGCMCUCCUGACCAGGGCCUGGCAAGGCCACUAUUGCAAAUUCAGAGUGUUUCUGAAAAAAAACAAACAGCUCCUAUGAGACAACUCGUCCCUCAGGCUCUAGGCURGGGCCACUGCUCCUGCUGAGUUAUGAUGUCCUGCUGAGGUAUGAUGCCAAGCUACAGAUCUGCUUGGAUAUUGUUCCUAGGUGGCCAUGACUGUCCUUCCCACCAGAGGAGAUGUGGGGCCCAGGAGCUAUGUGAUGGCAGAUGAGAGGCUUUGGCCAGUUACAGCAUAUCUUAACAACAGCUGUCCCAUCCCAGUCCCCUUUUCAGACUCCUGAAAAUCAGUUUCCCUAGAGCCAGUCUUACGAUAAAGCGGUCAGUUUUGGGAGCUGCAACACCUUGCUGGGGCUGGGCAAGUGGGUUCCAGGCCAAACCCAAAUUGCAGGUCACUGCUUAGGCCUCCUCUUGGCUCUGCCCUGCAGGGCCAGGAGAACACAGCAGUACACAGGGGCACAGCCAAUGGCCCUUGGAUGGAUUUUGGUGCAAACAGGCAGUGCUUUGGUGCAGCCCCAUACUUGCACAAAUGUUUCUGCAAGUGAAGGAGCAGGAUGCUGCUGGUUGGCAUCUCAAACUUUGUGUUUGGCCAUCCUGCAGAGGAUGGCUGCUCAGUUCAGCCUCUCCCCUCAAAGCUAGGGGUCAAAACUGACCAGUGAGUGACUGGCAAAUAYCUCCGAGGUGUCUGGGAGAUGGGGAGUGGUUGGUGGGGGACCUGAUACCACCACAUGCAACAUGUUUCACUCUGCUUGCUUUUAAUAGUGUUAAUGCUACAGACGCUGCMGGUGCCUUUCUGCCCGGCCCAAGGGCUUUUACCAGUUAAGCCUCACAACAGCCUUGUGAGGUAGGUGAUUGACAGAGGCAGACACCAAGCAAGGAAGCCAGGUCAGCGUGCAGGCUGUGUUGCUCCCCUCUGACCUGGACGUUUGUUUAUCCCAAAUUAAUUUCCACAUACUGUUGCAAAGUGCCUUCUGCUCCAGGGUAACAGCAGUGAGUCAGAGAGGGCCCUUUCUAAAACACUAUUUCCAGGAAAAAACCCUUCCCUCUAACACAUCUGGCAUUUGAUUGAAGUUAUCCAAGUCCUCACUCACUCUGAUUUCCAUGGCUGAAUUCCCAUGCUCCAGACAUGGCACAGCAACUUCCCUGCUGAGAGUAAUCCUGGCUUGCUGGAGGAAGCCAAGGAGUUUCAGCUGCUGUGAGUGGCAGAGAACUUCCAUGUUUCUUUCAGGACACAACCAAAUUUUUUCUUGGAGCACAGCAGUUUCACCAGUGAAGGCAGGAAGCAGCAGAACAAGCACCACUAUCAGGCAAAGUUUGYGCCUUUUCACCCAAGUGUGGGCAGGCCAUUCCACCAGCUGAACAAGGACAGAGGGASCACUGAAGAAAAAUUAGGGCUCUCUUCAGGGUGCGAGUGCUCAGCCCUCAUCCACAGGAGGGCACAUCUGGUUCUCAGGUCACCUAGUCCAGGACAGGUAGUGUAGGCUCAGGCCAAAAAGGGAGAAAAAUAGUAAUGAUUUUAGAGCAUUGGGGUUGAAAAUAGACCAGGGUUGGAAAUUUAAGCACAGAAGGUUCUUGAGCAGCAGGUUAAAUCAACCCCUUCAGGUCAAGACYGAGGCAUUGAGUAAGCAGGGAAGCAGGUGAGGAGUUCCUAGUCAAGAAAGGGGUUUGUGCAACUUCGUGUGCCAAAGACCAGCCAGACGGGUUUGGCAAAUGCCCUCGUGGCACACAUAGCAAUUGGUUUCUGGGGAUCUCACAUGAAGUUCCAGCAAGUCCAUUGUGGCACUGCUAUUUUUGCACUU